AUGCUACUCCGAAGUUCAUCUGAAUCAUCAGUGGAUCGUCAUCCGUCCAACCCAGCAGCUGAGGGCUUCAUAAAAGUGGACACUGAGGAGGGCCUUGGCAACGAGGAGAUGUCAACUGAGCGUGGGCAAGUGACUACGGCGGCUGUUGAAGCAGUGACUACUUUAGCGGAGUUUGCGGAAGGAUUUUUGAAGAUAUUGAUGAGAAUAACGGGGAAAGGGUUAUGGUAUGUGUAUUUGGGAUCAGCAGUCUUCUCAAGUAUGAGAGCUAAUAAAUGCUGGACUGCUGGUGCAUGGCUGUUGGGUGGUUAUACAUUCCUAGUCGGGCUGAUCACCGGUGCUGUCGGAUUUUCGAAAUCUCGGAAAUUAAAUCGAAUUCGGCGUGAAAUUGGUCUCCAGUUUGAUAACGAUGCGGAGCGAAUUUAUGAGGCUUUUGCAGUGGACGACCCCUCGAGAGGAAUGACUAGAGAGGAAUUUGCUGCUAUGACAUCUCUGUGUACUGGUGUAGGAUAUAGGAAUUCUAAGGGGGAGUUGACGGCCUCUGAACUGAGGAAAUGGAUGAACACCAGGUUCACUUUGCUGUGA